UCCACUUUGGCAUAUCUUUUCCUCCAUGAAACCCUUGGCCCCUCCAUCUCCGCGGCGCCGCCGAGCUCUCCGCUGUCCAGGAAGCUGCCGGCGUGUCAGCGGAAGCGACUGCCGCUGCCCGUUCAUCCUCAACUGGUGGUUUCCGCAGCUCCGUCAGCGCGCGAGGACCUGGAGAAGAGGGGCAGAUAUGACGCAUCUGUCCAAUUUUUUAGACGGGGCUGGUGGAGCGCUGAUGGGGCAGCUGUUGAACCCAACCAAUUCAGCUAGCCGAUCACGAGCGGUAAAAAAGUAUAUAUCUCAAGGCCCAGGUAUAUUUCUUGAAAGGAAAUGCCAUGUGCAUUCGGAGUUUCCGACAAAGGUUUCCACUGAAACGUGGAGGCACGCAUUGCAGCUGCAGUCUGCACACAUCCCCACCAGGUCUGAAGGCAGAGAAAUGUUGUUUAAUCUGGUUGAUUUACACGAGGUAAGGUCGAGGUUGCUGUUGAGAUUAAUUCUCUGGCUAAUAUAAAUCUUCUCGGAGGGGAGGGAGUCAACUAUGCACACAAGAACACAACCACAGAUGGGUGCUUCUGCUGCCUUCUUCUACCUCCUGCUGUCCCUCUGGGUUCAGGAUGCAGCUGCAGCUGGUCUUGGCUUCACAAGAAGUGAUUUCCCACGGGGAUUCGUCUUUGGAUCUGGAACCUCGGCAUAUCAAUAUGAGGGUGCUGUUUCUGAGGGAGGCAGGAGCCCAAGCUAUUGGGACACUUUCACUCACGCAGGCAAAAUGUCAGACAAAAGUACGGGAGAUGUUGCUGCAGAUGGGUACCAUAAAUACAUGGAGGAUGUCAAGCUCAUGUCUGAGACAGGCCUAGAGGCCUAUAGGUUCUCCAUCUCCUGGUCAAGGCUCAUUCCAAAUGGCCGCGGAGCUGUCAACCCCAAAGGGCUACAGUACUACAAUAACCUCAUUGAUGAGCUAGUGAAUCAUGGAAUUCAAGUCCAUAUCACACUUCACCAUAUAGAUCUCCCUCAGAUUCUUGAAGAUGAGUAUGGUGGAUGGUUAAGCCCCAGAAUUGUUGAAGAUUUCACAGCAUAUGCAGAUGUUUGCUUCAAGGAGUUUGGAGAUAGGGUUGCAUCAUGGACGACAAUGAAUGAGCCAAACAUUGGUGCAUUGGCCUCUUAUGAUGUUGCUAUAUUCCCUCCUGGUCGUUGCUCGGAUCCAUUUGGAGUAACAAAGUGCACCUCUGGGGACUCUAGUGUGGAACCAUACAUAGCAGCUCAUAAUACCCUUUUGGCGCAUGCAACGGUUGUCAGUCUGUACAGAAAAAAAUAUCAAGCCAUGCAAAACGGAGUUGUUGGCAUAAGUAUUUACUCUUUCUGGAGUUAUCCAUUGACAAAUUCCACUGUGGAUUUAGAAGCAACUAGGAGAUGUAUAGAUUUCUACUUUGGCUGGAUACUAAAUCCGUUGGUGUUUGGGGACUACCCGCAAGCAAUGAAGAAGAAUGUUGGCUCUCGCCUUCCACCCUUCACGGAAGUUCAGUCUGAACUUAUCAAGGGUUCUUUAGAUUUUAUUGGAAUAAAUCACUACUACUCUCUCUACGUGAAUGAUCGCCCUCUGGAAACAGGCGUUCGAGACUACAAAGCAGACAUGUCAGUUAGUUUAAGGGGUUCUAGGAUAGACCCACCAUCUACUCAGGGCCCCCCAACAAAUGUUCCAAGUGAUCCCAAAGGGUUGCAGCUUCAGCUGGGGUACCUGAAAGAAACCUAUGGGAACCUUCCCGUCUAUGUCCAAGAGAAUGGCAUGGGAACCGCCGCCGACGGUCUGGAUGACACCGAAAGGGUCAGUUACCUGAGCAGCUACAUGGAGAGCACACUGAACGCGAUGAGGAACGGGGCCGACGUGAGAGGCUAUUUCGCCUGGGCAUUCAUGGAUUUGUUUGAGCUCCUGUCCGGGUACCAGUCAAGGUACGGGCUGUACCGGGUCGACUUUGCUGACGAGAGGCUGCCGCGGCAAGCUAGGCUCUCGGCUCGCUGGUACUCCGCCUUCCUCAAGCACAACGGAACCUCUGCCCUGGUGUCGAGAACGCCGGUGAACCAGGCCCUGAACUCGGGGUCCUGACUCCCAACUCCGGAGUCCAGUGCAACCGCGCAUGCGCACGCGUGAGGUUUCGAUCAGAGAAAGCGUGAUUCUCGGAUUACAUUAGUACUAGAAACCAAUACUCCUGUGACCACUAUUUUCUUAAGUACUUUCUUUAGGACACCAGUGAUAUGAGAGCAUGAUAUGGCUA